GUGGCACUAGAGGCUACCGCUCGCGCCGGGAUCCCACCCUCCCGAGUGAUCGUGAUUGACGAUCUUCCGACGCAGUUGUGGAAUAAUAAUGGUCACGAACGUCCGAUAUGGGGAGCGCACACUCCCCCGAUCUGCGAUCCCGCCCGUGACCUCGCCUUUCUAGUCUACUCGUCUGGGACGUCAGGUCUACCGAAACCCGUGAUGCUCUCGCAUGGCAACAUCGUCGCGAACCUGUGCCAGCUCGCAUCGCGACGGAGUGCUGGCGUCGGUGGGUAUAGCGGCCGGCGGGACAUCGAAGACCGAGACUUGGCUCUUAUGCCGUUGUUACAUAUAUAUGGACUGACAGCAAUCCUAAAUUUAAACCUCUACAUGGGCGUUCCCACAUUCAUCAUGUCCCAAUUCCGCCUGGACAGCUUCUGCGCCGCCGUGCAACAACACCAGGUUACUCACGCGGGCGUCGUGCCCGGCAUAAUCCAGGCACUGCUAUCAUAUCCCCACAUCACAGCCCCAUACAAUCUCUCAUCCCUGCAGAUGAUGAGCUCCGUCGGUUCCCCUCUCGGAGCGGACCUCGUCCACGCCCUCUACGAAAACCUUAGUCUCCGAGUAGGCCAGGGGUACGGGCUCAGCGAGUGCUCGCCAGCUUCACAUACCCAAACCUGGGAAGAUGGCCCCUUGUAUCCGGGCUCCGUCGGCCGUCUUUUGCCUAACAUGACCGCACGGUUUGUUCCGGUUGAUGAUGCCGACCAGUCGGGCGAUUCCUGCGAGGAAAUAUGGCUCAGAGGUCCGAAUGUUUUUCUGGGAUAUCUGGGCGAUGAAGAGGCGACAAGGGAGAAUUUCUCAGCGGAUGGGUUUUUCAAGACGGGUGACGUGGGAUUCGAAGAUGAGCAUGGCAAUCUCGUAAUCACGGGCCGAAUCAAGGAAAUGAUCAAGUCCGAUGGAUUCCAGGUUGCCCCGGCGCAGUUGGAGAACAUUGCCCUGCGUCAUUGUGCUGUUGCGGAUGUGGCUGUGACGGGUGUUCACUGGGUUACUCCCGACGGAACGGAGACAGAGGCGCCGGCGGCGUUUGUGGUGGUGAAGUCGGGACAUGUUGCGCAUGAGUGUACGGCGGAGACGAUUCGCGAGUUUGUCGAUGGGCAGGUGGCUAGUUAUAAGCGAUUGAGAGGGGGCGACCGAUUUGUGUCUGCGAUUCCUCGGAAUGCAGCUGGCAAGAUAAUGCGGCGGAAAUUGCAGUGUUAG